GCCGGCUGGCCGUAUAUUACAGGUGUCUUCUGUGAAAUUUGAAUUGGCGUUCGAGGUUUGUCUUUUGUAAAUCGAGUAUUGUACUUUCGAUACAAAAUUCGAUUCGCAGCAGAAGGCUGGUGUUGUAGUGCCGGAUAGUGCAUUAAAAAUGGUGGUGAAAGACAAAGAAGAAGUUUCCGAGCAAAUAGAAUGGAAUGUUGAAACAGAAGUGCAGUUAUUUUAUGCUAUGAUUGGCCACAAACCCGUUGGUGUUAACAAGCACUUCCAGAUGGCUUGCAUCCUUGAGAAGUUCAGAAAUGCUCUGAAUAAAGACGUUUCAUCAAAAGUUAUAUGGGAUCAUUUGGACACAAUGUAUGACAUGCAGGCCUUGGAUGACACCGAGAACCUGCCCUUCCCUAAUGAUGAUAAGGACUUUUGUCUUCCUGAAACAGAGUUUGGUGAGUUGAUGGAAGAAAAAGUGAACUCGGGCUCUAGUAUGGAACAAUCAUCCACGGAUAAUGAGGUCAAGAAAGAGCCAAAAGCUGUGAAAGAUGUGAUUAAAAAGGAAGUGAACAACAAAGAGGUAAAGGAACCUGUCGUGAAAAAAGAAGGAAAAGAAAUCAAAGACACAUUCAAGGAAAUAAAAAGGGAGUCCAAGGAACAUACAAAGGAACCCAAGAAAAUCAGCAAAGACAAAGACUUUAGAAGAGAAAGUAAAGACAGUAAAGAUGGAAAAAAGGAAAACAAGAAGGAAGUUAGGGAAACGCCGAAAGAAAUUAAGGUAGAAUCUUUGGAGAGUAAAGAUGUCAGGUCACAUAAGGUACACCGAACAAGCACAAAAGAAAGAAGGGAGAGUAAGAAAGAUGAUACAGACAAGGAUGAUACUGCAGCCACGUCUUCCAUAAAGAAAGAACGCUCCAAGGACUCACACGAACAUAGACAGGAAGAUACUCCAAAACGUAUUGCUAGUGGUGUUGGGAACAGUAGCAGUGGUGGGGGUGGUGGAGCAAACAGUGGGAGUGGCACUGGUGGAGGUGGUAGUGGUAGCAGUAGUAGCAGCAGCAAGCGUUCAACAAGGGGCGCUCUGAAGCCAGAUGAUGUAAGUUCCAGCAAGUCAUCGAGUCCGAUCAGCGCACCUACUCCUCCCCCAUACAAAAGGAGAAGAACAUGACAAUUACGGCGGUAUUAGAUGCUUCCAAGUUUUGUUUUGUGAAGCACCUUGACACUUCAGUAUUUGUAUUAGUAAUGUCUUAAACAGCUUUACAUCCAGAAGGAAUAAUUUCUCUUUCACAAAGAGAUAAUUUUACCAUUCUUUAAAGGAAGUAAUGUUUCUGUGUGCAUGCAUGAGUUGAAAUUACAAAUGCAAGUAAUUCAUCUCGAGGAAAUUUAUGGUUAAAUGGGUCCAGGCAAUAAUAUUUCAAGUUACAUAACAGGAAGAUGAAAUCAUAUAAUCCUAAGAAGAUCCCAUACCAAUGUGUAUAAAUGACCACUUGUGGGAAAUAUGAAGAAGCUUACAGAAAAAGAUGAUGGCAACUUCUGAUUCAAGACAAACAUCCAUCACUCUCAACAAUGACUGUAAUCUUAACCCCUUCGUGUACUGGCAAAUAGGCUGUGUUUGAUGUAUAAGACAUAUUACCUUGCUGGUUGGUGUGUGUUUUAUGCAGGCUAUGAAGCUUGUUUAUUUGUUCUGUAGAAACAAUGUUGUUAUAUUUUGUUGUUCUUUGCUUUAUGUAAGAAAACACAAAUUUUCCUGUGAUUUGGUUGUUUGAAAAUGUGGAUUGUGACUUCAGUAUGGUCUUCUGCUUUUAUAAUUAGUAGUCGUCAUGAAUCUAUUCUACAGCUAAAAAGUAUGUAUCUCAGUAAGAUCUGACUAUAGGAAAAGGGACAUAAUUGUGUUUUAGCAGUUAAAUUAUUCAAGUAUUUAUUUAACAUAUUGUCUGAUCAUAAAUGCAAUGAAAUAUUUUGUGUACAGAGCUCCCAAGAAAUAGAUGCAUUGUUGCAUGCACACCAUAAUCUAAUGCAGUAUUUGAGUAGCGAAAUUGUGUGCAGCAAUUAAUAAAAGCAUGUUGAGUUCAGCAGAAGCAAAAUCAUUGAUUGUGAAUGAGGUUUGUAUCAGUGUGAGAGUGACGUAGUUGCAUAAUUUUGACAUCAAUUCAAAUAGUUUAUGGUGCUUGAUAGAAUUAGAAAACAAAUCUUAACACACACUUUAGGUACAAUAGGUAUCUGUUGAAAUGUCACACAAAGCUGGAAUUGGUUCAGUUAAAUGUGCAACGUUUCUGUAGUACAGAAUAAUCUAUAGAUUUGAAGUUAGUUAUAAAUAUACAAAAUAUUGGCUAUAGUGGUGCAUUUUAAAAUUGGCUCAGAGACUGGUAAUAAAUAUGUUCUUAAUAAUAUCAGUCGCUACAAGAUAAAAAAAAAUAAAAAAAAAUGGAUUCUGAAAUUUUCAGAACUAUAGAAGUUGAAUGUAGAGUAAUCCAAGGAAUUAAAAAAUUCUGUGGAGAAAUAGAUUCCUCCGUGGAUUCCGUAUUAUCAGAAAAGCAAAGACCAUACACAAGUAUUUCCAAGAUCAACGCAAAGACAAUUUGGAACAAUACUGAGCAUGAAACUAAUAAACUUAGCCAGGCAAAUGAUGAUCUUUAUUAGUUUCUCCAUGUUCUGAUGGUGCUAAUUCUGCUGCUGUAAGUUCAAUUAAUAAAAAUCUGCUCUAGUUGCUAAUAAGAAUGUUAUGAUGCCCACAACCUGUUUGACAUUGCCUCUUUACAGCAUAUUUUUCAGAUCUCUGUGAAAAUGACCAGUUGUAAAGGCCGAAAACAGUCAAGGACUUAAGUUCUUAUUACCAACUGGAAUGGUUUUUCAUUAAUUAAAUGAUCAACUAACUAAUGACAGUGUGGCGGCUGAUCUGAAAUUCAAAUCAUUGGCCACAAAAUUUAACGAAUUCUUCCUGAAAAUAGCUGAAGACAUAGACAAAAAUUGGACCAUCAAAAGACAUUGGAUACUUUGCGAACGGACACGCAUUUCGCCAAAUCAACUGUUAGAGAGAUCACAAAAAUUAUGAGGACACUGAAAAGCAUUAACUCCCCCUGGUGAUUCAGUUGAAGUAUUUAAAUCUUGUGCUGGCUUCACAGC